GUACACCACAUUGCAGAGGGGAGAGAGCGUGCUACGGCGGCGGCGGCGGCACAGCAGGGGAAGAACGUACACCCGCAGUCGAAAGAGGACGGCGAGACAGCUCUCUUCCUAUCCACAUUCUAUAUAAUCUAUGGCUAAUCAGGUAGAGAUUAGAGUGAUUGAGAGAGCGGGGAAGGAAGUUUUGUACAGAGAAGAGAAAGAGGUAGUUGAUGGGAAGGGUUUGAUGUGAUUGCCCUUUCUUUUCUCUUUGCUUCCUGGACACAACAGCCGCCGCCACUUCCUGCCAUCCUUUCGUCGUUGAUUCGGUGUUCUUGGAUCGGAUGCCUUCAUCUGCCUAGAUCGGAGCUAGAGCAAGGUGCGUGGUGUAAAUCCCGAGAGGAGGAAGAGGGGAGGGGGUCCAGGCCGCUUGUUCUUGCCGCGUACGGUUCUUCCAAGAACCCGCGGCGGGGAUGGAUCUCUACGAUGAGGGAGAGGAAAUGGCCUUACAAGACGGGGACUCCUGCCUCGCGCCACGGGCUUCGCGGGGCGGAUGCGAGGUGGACUUGCAGUGGGCGGAUGGCCUCCUCGAAGGCGCCGACCGGAAGCGGCGUGCGCGGGAAGGCUUCAAGGAUGAGGUCCAUUUCGUCCAGGAAAUGGACGAGGUGGAUGGCAGCGGCAAGCGCAGCAAGCCGCCGUCGCCGCAACCGCACACACCAGAUAUUCGUGAAGCUCAUGCCCCUGGCCGCCGUCGCACCGUGGUGGCCGGCGGUGGGGAGCUCAGCUGUGGCGGUGGUGAUCUCAUAGGACAAAUUGGCCGGGACCUGUCCAUCAACUGCCUCCUCCGGCUGUGCCGGUCAGAAUAUGGCUCAGUGGCAUCGCUGAAUCAUGAUUUCCGGUCUCUUGUGCGAGGAGGGGAGAUCUACAGGCUGCGACGGCAGAAUAACAUCGCGGAGCAUUGGGUGUACUUCUCCUGUAAUGUUUUGGAGUGGGAUGCUUAUGACCCUUACCGCAAGCGUUGGAUCUCGGUGCCCAAGAUGCCUCCUGACGAGUGCUUCAUGUGCUCAGACAAGGAGUCUUUGGCUGUGGGCACCGAGCUACUUGUGUUUGGAAUGGCACACAUUGUCUUCAGAUACAGUAUACUGACAAACUCUUGGACACGAGGUGAGGUGAUGAAUUCUCCUCGGUGUCUAUUUGGGUCAGCAAGCGUUGGGGAGAAGGCAUAUGUUGCUGGUGGCACUGAUUCUUUUGGCAGGAUUCUCAGCUCAGCAGAGCUGUACAACUCGGAGACACAUACUUGGACACCACUCCCUAGCAUGAAUAAGGCACGUAAAAAUUGCUCUGGGGUGUUCAUAGAUGGCAAGUUUUGUGUCAUUGGUGGUGUGACAAACAACAACAUGAUCUUGACCUGCGGUGAAGUGUACGAUGUGCAGAGCAAGACUUGGAGGGUGAUUGAGAACAUGUCUGGGGGUCUUAAUGGAGUGAGCGGUGCACCCCCACUUGUUGCAGUGGUUAAGAAUGAGCUGUAUGCUGCUGAUUACAGCGGGAAGGAUGUGAAGAAGUAUGACAAGCAGAAUAAUGGGUGGAUCACACUUGGUAAAUUGCCUGAGCGGUCUGUGUCCAUGAAUGGAUGGGGCCUUGCAUUCAGGGCAUGUGGUGAGAGGCUUAUUGUCAUUGGUGGCCCAAGAACACCAGUUGGGGGCAUGAUUGAGCUGACCUCAUGGACUCCUGAUGACAAGCCACCUGUGUGGAAUUUGAUGGACAGACGGCCAUCUGGAAAUUUUGUGUAUAAUUGCGCUGUGAUGGGCUGCUGAGCUCGCUUCAUCAAGGGUCUGCAUAGUGAUGUUUACAAAGAGAGGUAUGCACAGGCAGGCUUGUUUAGCUUCAGCACUCCUUGAUGGGUUUCUGCCUUUGACCUUGUAGCUGAUGUAGUUGGCAUCCACAGGAACAGGAUCUUUGUAACCUUUUUCAUACAUCAGUUUCUGCCCCAGCUAAUCCAUUUCUUUCAUUUACAUUUGGAUCAGUCUUAUGAUCUAGAAGAUGAUACCAUGCAAAAGAUGUCAUACCAAUAAUCUAGAAACAUCAAAUUUCAGAGGCUGUCCAUCAUUGAUGAUGACAGAGCAAGUUAUUUUGGUCAUUUUCCCUUGUCUCUGUCUGCAACAAAGAAGUGACCAUCUUGUUAUUAGCGUGUUCCUAAUAUUUGAGUUAUCAUAUAUGUUGCACUUUGAUGGCUUUCUUUAUGCAUUUAUUUGGAUGAAUGACCUUAGGAUGGGUGAGUUAAACUGUUUGAGUGGAACAUGAUUAAAAAAUGACUCCUAUUUGGAGUUGGAUCAUUAUGGCUUUCCCUCAAAAUUAGAUCAGAUAAACCUCUGGAAAGUUUUCCUGUCUCACACAAGCUGGUUUUGAAUGCAAUUUUUUUUAUUCAUUCAGUUGUUUUGGAAUGAUUUUAGGGCUCAUGUGGGGUUUCAACUCUAGCCUAUCUGAACUUGCUUGGGACUGAAAGGCUUUAUUGUUGUUUUUGGUUUUCAAUUGUUUUGGAAUAUUUUCCUUUUACCUUAUCUGCUCUGAAAUGCUGCGUUUGUUAUGCACUAAUGCUCUUUAUUUGAACUUUGCAUGCUUGCUGGUUGUUUUGGUGAAAACAACUACAAAAUGUGAAUCUGUUGAUGUUGUUUAUGGAAUGAUUUGGUUAUUUGAAAAACAUCAAUCUGUUGAUGUUUUUUAUGGAAUGAUUUUGGUUGUUAUUUGUCUUAUAGGUAAGUUUAUCUUAUAUGGUGAAUAACGUAAGUAUUAUUUUGAUCAGGUUGAGUGAGGAUGAGAUGAAAAAUCAGAUGUAGGUUUUGUUUCUAUAUUAUGGAAUACAUCCUUGUAAUCACAGCCUUAAUUAUCACUAUAAAUGUCUACUGCUGCCUUCUUCCCAAAAGCAUGGUUUAGAUUAAAAAAAUGUUCUAAAAAACUUUGUUAGCUCUUAGGUGACGUUUGGUUCCAAAAUGUAACGUAAAUGGUAACGGUAAUGGUUUGCAUUCGAUUACCAACGGUAACAAGUUUGAAUAGGCUGAUAUCAAUUUCUAGUGUGGUAUCCGAUUACGGUUAUACUUAAACAAACAUGAUCUAACGUUAUUUGUUACCUAUUACAUUACAAACAUAUAAACCAAACAGCACCUUAGAGAUAGAUUGGGCCCAUAUCAGCUUAGGGCCCGUUCGGUUGUACAGGAAUAAGCCAGGAUUCGUUCCAACUCAUUAAAAUCUAUAUAAAUUAAAGAAGUAAUCCGGCUAGGAAUCAAUCCGGGGCUGCAAUCCUUAACAACCGAACAGGCCUUAAGAUUACAGUCUGCAUGCAUCCAUGCAUUCCUUUUAACGAGGGGUCUAUUCCUUAAUUAGCAUGUUUCAUAUUCAAUAAAUAGAAAAGGGUACAUGGGUAAUUUCCAUUGAACACUAACCUGCCCUGAAAAUACUAAAAUAUGGAAAAAGGGGUGGAGGGAGUAUAAAUUUGCAGAAUCUGAUCAGUAUUGAAACCCUUAACUUCACAUGAUUGUUCCUCUAUUUCUUUUUCAUUAGCGGCAUAUGCAUGAUACGGUUUUCUUUGUAGGCACUCUUAUUAUGUCUUUGUGUCCUCUUUUGAGUGUUCAUUCAAGGUGAAGCAUAAUAUGAUAACUGCUCUUUCACACCUUGCAGAAGCUGAUGUUCAUGAACUGAAUACAAACAAAAAUGUUACAUGACACUUAAACCAGUGAGUGCCGGGUUAUUUUUGGACAAAUAUCUCUUUGCACUGUCCAUUGCGUAACACCUAGUAAGAAAAAUUCGGCCAAUGAAUUCUAAUUGAAACAUGAUUACUUGUGGGUGUCAAUUUCAAUGGACUUACAUGAUACAUUUUUUCUUUGUGAAAUGUGAUGCCUUAAGUUUGGAGGGUGAAUAUAGAGAUAGAAGUCAUACUGUAUUUGUUACCCACUUGGGAAUCAUUCAUUGUUUACUAAUAUGAGCCAAUAAUAAUGGUUUGGUUGCUUUACAUUACUAAAAUAUCCAAGCUGUUAAAAUAAUAAUUGUUUACUAUAAAGCCAAUAAUAAUUGUUUACAUUACUAUAAAGCCAAUAAUAAUUGUUUACUAUAAAAUAUCCAAGCUGUUAAAAUAAUCAUUCAUUGGGAAUUCUAAUAGCCAAUAAUAAUUGUUUACUAAUAUGCCCCUAUGCAUUGCUUACUAUAAAGCUACAUCCGUAUUCUGGUGACUUUAGCAGGAUUUUGUUAUGCCAACAUUAGUUUGAUUAAACCUUUAUUUUUUUAAGAAAUUGUGUUAAUACACAUGGCUGAGGCUGUUCCUAAUGAAACAUUUCCUAUAAGCUUGAUAUAUAUUAACUUGUAACUUUGUAAGCUUGUAAUUUAGGAUUAUUAACAUGCUAUGGGUUGGUUAAUGAGUUGACAGGUUAUUGCAUGUAGAAUAGUUUAAUUAAUUUUGAACUGGCUACCAAUGUUGUUAGAUGUCAACCUCUAAAAGUAAAGCAGGACAUAUAACAAGUUUAGCAUCAUGUGUAAUUAGGAAAGCAAUCCUUUUUCGAGAAAGCAGAAGGAUUUUGAUUCCUUGUUCUUGAUGGAAAUCUGACUGGUUCGAGAUGCCCACCUUUUUGUUUGACAAAACAAACUUGUAUACUUGAACCUCUGUUGUGGGAGUCUGACUUACGAGUACUGCAAAUAUAUUACCAUGGGUUUCCUUUCCUCGGCAGCGCAUGGUUAUUGAACAUGGUAUAAUCAGGUGUUGUUCCAUCACUGGUUUUCCAGAACGAACAGUGGACUGCUGCACCUUUUCGUUUGUCCUGUGGGAUGGAAGUACUUGAAGUGUGCAAGUUGUGCAUGUAUACAUUGUUCUUGCGUGUGGCUUAAGGUUCCUCCUGGGCUACUGCUUUUGCUCUUUGCGACAUGUGGAUCACAUUUUGUUUGGAAUCAAUGUCUCUAUUAUUUUGUGCUGAAGUUCAUUCUUGUGCAUAGUCGGUUAUUGCCUUGUUGGAACAGCAAAGAAGGUGAAAUCAAGGUGAGCUGUUUACUGAAGCUAUGACUACGAAGUGUCCACUGCAUCCUUCAUCCAGUGUAUCUCAGAUAAGUUUGCGUCUGUCAGGUCUUGCACUUCCAGUUUCAACUACGCUUGAUUCUGUGAAUUUUUUUCACAUCUCUGCAGCAGCUAAUCGUUUUCUGAACCUGGGCUUGUUCGUUUUCCUAUCAAUCCAUGUGGAUUGUGUGAGAUUAAGUGUAUUUAAAUCCAAAAUAAAUCGAAAUCUUUCAUUUAUUUUUUAAUUCCAUCCAAUAUAUAUCGGAUAAGAAUAAUCGAACAAGCCUCUAGCGAGAAUCACUGGUUGUCGCACAUAUACGUCUUAUUUUUGGUUCGCCAGCGCAGGAAUAUGUUACUAAGAAUUUUGUUUAAGGUAGAUUAUAAAAGGGUGUCUGGUGGAAUAUCAUGAUAGAAAUGUGUGUGAAAGGGCAAACAUUGGAUGAUCUGGUCUGGAAGAGUUACUUUUGCUCUCUUGCAGGGGCUGCGGACAUAUGAUGGCUGCUGUUUCUGGUUUCUCAUUAUCGUCAGCGUCACAUGGAUCUACACUUAGAGAUGGCAGAUGGCAAAGGGGCCCGAUUCCCCUUUUUUUUGCGGGGAAUUCCUCUUGUUUGGUUAGGUAUGAAUUGGUGGGAAUUUAAGUGGAAUCCACUCAAAUUCUCAUUAAUCCACCCAUAACCGAACAAGCCUAGAGGUGAUGAAAAAUGUUCUUCCUCCACAGAGAUGUAAUCCACCCAUAACUGAACAAGCCUAAAGGUGAUGAAAAAUGUUCUUCCUCCACAGAGAUGUAAACGGGGAAAAAAUUAUCUCGGCGGAUAAAGAGAGAUGGAGAAGCAUUCCUCAUUAUCGUUUCCCGCGGGUCCAAUUUAUAUAUGAUGAUGUUUUCAUAUACACAAAAUGAUUUCUUACAUGUAAAUUACUUUAUCAAGAG